GCAAUAUGAAUAUUUUAAGGCGAUCCACUUCAGUCUGAGAUUCUUUUUCCAUCGGUCAGGGUUGAGUUCCAUUUUGACGUAUGCAUAAAUUUGUGCAACGCGACGAAAGGUAUUCCAUAGAUUUCCAACCAAUUUUAUUUCUGUGCCCAAGUUCGAAAGUACCGGAGCCAUGAACAGUAAUUUCGUGUUCCGUCAGAUGUUGAUCGCAAUAACAUGUACACUUGUUAUGUUUGACAAUGGUUUCCAAGACGGAUGGGCGACGCCAUCCAUUCCGGAACUCGAAUCCGAAGACUCGAAUAUAUCGGUUACCAGCGGUCAGAUAUCAUGGAUCAUAGCAUUUUUGCAUGUCGGGAUAGCAGUCGGACCAUUCGUCGCGUUCUAUUUGAUGGAAACCAUCGGGAGAAAAUGGACGCUGGUGUGCUCGGCAGUGCCGAAAAUUUUGGCGUGGAUUUUGAUAGCCUUUGCACCGAAUCAUUGGGUGCUCUACUUAGCCAGAUUCUUAGCUGGUACCGGUUCGGGUAUAACGUUGACAGUGACGCCAAUUUACAUCGGUGAAGUUGCCGACAAGAAAAUGAGAGGACCGAUGAGCACGACGAUUGCUGUUAUGAUAAAUGUUGGCACCUUGGUUGUCUACGCGAUCGGUCUCUACGUAUCUCGGAUGACGUUGGCUCUGACUUGCCUCGUAGUGCCGAUUAUAUUUCUCCUGACAUUCAUAUGGAUGCCUGAAUCGCCGAUGUAUCUCGUGAAAAACAAGAGGAUCACCGACGCAGAGAUGGUGUUGAAGUGGUCACUUGUCAAGGAAAACGUCGAAGAUGAACUCGAGGAAAUAAAACGUUACGUUUACAGAGAUGACGAGAUGAAGCGACAAAACAUUUGGAAAAAUGCGGGUGAAAUCGUCUCGAGGCGAGGUAACAGAAAAGCUCUAAGGAUCAGCUUGAUCUGCUUCAGCGGUCUGAUGCUCUCUGGAAACGUACCGGUCCUUUCGUACCAGGCGGAGAUAUUCCAACGAGCCCAUCUCAGCAUCUCGACGAACUUCAGCGUGAUUGGUGCCGGUCUUAGUUUAGUAGUAGCAGGCUGGGUCUGCGUUUCCAUCGUCAAAUUCACCGGCAAACGCACUCUGCUACUGAUCUCAGCUCCGUUCACCGCCUUCUUCUUGGCGGCGAUAGCUCUGUACUUCACCCUCGAAGAGUACGGGGUUCAGGUUGACUCCUUCAACUGGAUUCCACUGGUCUGUAUGGUGGGAUACGUUGUAUUCUAUGCCCUCGGACUAGACUCAAUGGCAUACGCUUAUCAGGGAGAAGUAUUUCCCGACAACGUCAAGGCUCUAUCGGCGAUGAUAUGCUCGCUCUACUACGCCAUUUUGGGCGUCGUCACUGUCCAGCUAUUUCAGAUUCUUUGGGACAACUACGACAUAGAGGUUCCCCUUUGGGUCUUCGCUGGUUUCACGACAAUCAUGUGGGCGGUCAUCUAUGUAAUCGUUCCCGAGACCGAAGGAAAGAGUCUCGAAGUGAUACAACGGGAAUUGCACGAGGAAAAGACAACCAAGCAAAUUAUCUCACGUGCUUCAAGCUUAAUCUUUGCGUGAUGCUUUGCAGAUCAAGGUGCAUCAAAUUUGAGUUGUUUGGUUUACAUAUGCAUUAAGCGCGUAGAUAUUGAAUGUCAGAAGCUCGGCCUCGCAGAACAUUCGAAAUUCGUGCACACCGAGUUUAGAUA